GCGCAAAAUAGAAAUACGCUGAAAAUAGGAAAAUAAGCUUAGCGUGGUAAUUAAUACUGUUUGUCGACUAAUUUGCAUUUAUAAUUCGUGAUUGCAUUUGAAUCAGGACAUGUCUCUUACGAAAAUAGCACAAGCAAUAAAUAUAUAUAUAAUAGCAGCAUUGCAGAGCCGCGGUAUAUAAAUAUUGAGUGAAAUACGUGUUCGUGUAGUCUCAGAAUUGCAUCAGAACUCGAAUAUGCGCUACAAGACAUUAGAAAAUAGAGCGUGCAUGGAGCCUACAAGUUCACAACACAAUGAGGACGCUACGGAUAUUCGGGUAGAACGGAAUGAAACAAUUCCUGGCUGUAUAUUAUUCGCUAUGUUUUUUGCUUCUGUGAAAACUGAGACAUACAAACGAUAUUUGAAAUCUAUUGAAGGCUGUUUCACCGGGACGUCCGCCGUCCUAGCGAUGAUCUCUGUCGUGGACAACUGUGAAUUCAUCAAUGAAAGACCUACAUAUUACGAGGCUCUUGAACUACUGAACAGUUUUCUGCAAUCUCACUUGAUUGAGGAUGUAAAAGGCAGGUGGAAAAAGAAAAAAUUUCGUUUUUCGCCAAAAAAGUUUUACAGAUUUCCGAUGCCCAAUUCGACUCAGAGACGAAAGUCAGAAUGGUUUCGCAGUUUACUUCGGGAUCGAGAUUGAUAUAAUUAUUUUAUGAUCAUUCAUAGACGGAAGCGUGAUCAAAUGGAGCAUAAUUAAUUGAUGGUAUCCGAACACAGCAUGCGAACAUUUUCAAAUUUUAUACUAAACAUUGGACGACAUUGUAUUAUUGUAUGUGUCACCUCAUAUUGCUGUCUAUUUACUGAUUUACGAAGUAUCCUUCAACUUUAAUUAAAACAUGGCCUCUCGACUUGCGAGAAGAUAGAUUCGUUGAA